AUGUCUCUCAACAGAGUGCAAGAGAUCCUUUCAGUGGCUCUGUACAGACUAGGCCAUUCUGGAAAUGGAGGUGGUGAACAUGACACUGCUUUGCAAUGUGGCUGCAGUGUUGGGAGCAUUGUUGGAUACACCAAUCACACAGUUGCUGGCCUCCUUGAGCUAAACAAUGAGGUCAUGCAGUUUGCUUUGGAGGGAGAGAGGCAACAUGCUGCUGCCUGGAUUGUCAAAUCAGUUGUUGGACAGCCUGGCAGCAUUCAGGAUUCAAAGGUUUGGGCCUCAGGCAGCAACAUCCUCAAGAAGCCUCACCUGUACCUUGAUGAAGGCUAUCAUGGUAACAUCUACCAUGUUGAGGACCACAUCACUGCUGCCAAGACAAUCCAAGCAUGCAUUGUUGCACACACCUUUGCAAGUCAAUAUGACCAUCCUGCUGAUAUUGCCAACCUGCUGUUGCCCUCUUUCUCUGAGGAUGAGGUGAAUGAGGUUGUUCAAAGCCUCCAACUUGAUGCCAGGGAUACACAAGAGCUCAGGAGGACAAGAUGCACAAAUCAGCAGGGAUACAAACUGGAUCUUGCCACUGCAACACAAGGAAUGUCACAGUAUGCAGUGUCAAGACUUCAAAGUUCUGCUGCACAUGAUCUUCAAGAGGAAAUGUUCUAG